GGCUGUGACGUCGGCAAGUGGAAGGCCGGCGCCGUGGUAAUUCCCCACCAGAUGGACAUCGCUCAGAACCGUUGAGUGUGCCAGCACUCCGUUCCACCAACACUCUAGUAGUAGCUUCGGGCGGCGGUAGAUACAGACUUGAGGCGAACGGGCCGCGGCUGGGCAAUGGAUGACACGUGGAAACUCAUCAUCAUUAUGCACUUGCUGGCGGCCGUCUCAGGUGCCCCAGUCGACGAGCACCACCUUGAGGCAGCACCGGAACCGACCAGCCCUCCCGGUGAGGCCGGCUGCCCGCGCAUCGUGAGCCGCGCAGAGUGGGGCGCCCGCCAGCCGACGGCGCCCCCGGACAACAUGACCGCCAGCGCCGUGCCGUACGUGGUGGUACACCACGGCGGCGCCGGCCGCGGCUACUGCUUCGACCAGAAGGCGUGCGCCGCCAUCGUGCGCUCCUACCAGGACCUGCACAUGGACACCAACGGCUGGGACGACAUCGGAUACAGCUUCGUCGUCGGAGAAGACGGCAACGCCUACGAGGGCCGAGGCUGGGACGCCAAGGGAGCGCACGCCCCCGGCUACAAUCAGCAGAGCAUCGGCAUCUGCAUCAUUGGGGAGUUUUCAGAGCGCCUGCCCAACGACGCCGCGCUGCAGGCGCUGCAGCAGCUGAUGUGGUGCGGCGUGUCGCUGGGCGAGCUGCGGCCCGGCUUCGAGGUGCUGGGCCACCGCCAGGCCAGGAACACCACGUGUCCGGGGGACGCGCUCUACGGCUGGCUGCAGCGCCUCGGCAGCUGGACGGCGGACCCGCAGCCCUGCGUCGACGGCGAGUGUCCGGCCGCAGCCAGCCGCGGGUCGCCGUGACGUCCACGCGCUGCAGCUGCGAAAUGGCGCAAAGUGCUGCAAAGACUUCCCUUAACAGGGAACUGGGACUACCCCAUUCUUAGCAUGCCAAUUAUGUGAACACUCAUCGUGCGUUAAGGCACAUUUGCCCUAUCGUCAGAUACUGCAAAAUGCAAAUAUAUCUCAAAUAAUAAUUUUUAGAAUGA